AGGUUAAGUCAUAGAGCGCAUUGAUGAUGCGUAAUAAUGCAAAUUUUUAACUUUUUUGUAGAAAUAGCUGAAGUGUUGUGCCUCCUUCCUCUUCUGUUCAACAAUAAGUUAAGCAUGUACAUUGAAUGUGAUAAUGAGAGUCAAAUUCUAUCCACACCAUAUCCAUGCAUAUUGGCAACUGAACAUGGGACAUCAGUAUAUGUUGAAAAGAGUUGGUUUUGCAAUUGUUCAACACUAGAGGAUGCUGUUCUUAUAUUGGUGACAUCAUACUGGAUUUUCGAUAUUCAGUUCCCGAAGGCAUUGACUUGUACAUUGCAGUUGUUGUGUUACAUGCUGCGCAUUUCUCAAACAAUUUCGAAUAUGACUGUUCAAAAAGUUAUUAACUCACUGUUAGAUUGA